GCAGCUCAUAGCCCUGAUGAUGACCUCGAUUCACUGCAGACGGGGGAGUCGUUGGAUGAGCGCGUGGUUGCGGCACAACUACUGCGCAUCUGUCUCAUAAGCGCCUUGGUGGAGGGAUUGGCCCAAGUGGUUAUCACUGUUAACAUCCUAGUGGACGGCUCGGCCCGACAGCUUAUAGACCCUCAGAUCAAGCCUAAUCAACCAGUGGAGACCUACAACAUUCCUGUGAGCUUAAGCUCCCACACGGCAUUUUUACAUUCGAUUCCAGAACUACUUGGGUGUAGCGUCCAGGGCGCGUCGUCCUCGGGGAUUCAGUCACAAUGCCAGGGUGCCGCUUAG